GAAAAAAUGCCUGCCCGUGGAGCGAGGAGAGGGCACCGGGUCGGUAAAUAAGAAUGGCGGCACCUGACUUGCUGGAUCCCAAAUCGGCCACUCAGAACUCCAAACCAAGAUUAUCAUUUUCCACCAAGCCUACCGUGCUCGCUUCACGGGAGGAAAGCGAUUCGGCCAUUAAUGUUAUGAAAUGGAAGACAGUCUCAACAAUUUUUCUGGUGGUAGUCGUGUAUUUAAUAAUUGGAGCAACAGUAUUUAAAGCCCUGGAGCAGCCUCAUGAGACCUCCCAGAGAACCACCAUUGUGAUUCAGAAGCAGACGUUUGUAUCUCAGCAUUCCUGUGUGAAUGCAACAGAGCUUGAUGAACUGAUUCAGCAAGUAGUGGCAGCAAUAAAUGCAGGAAUCAUACCUAUAGGAAACACAUCUGCUCAGAUCAGUCACUGGGACUUGGGAAGUUCCUUCUUCUUUGCUGGCACUGUUAUUACCACCAUAGGCUUUGGAAACAUCUCCCCACGCACACAAGGUGGAAAGAUAUUCUGUAUCAUCUAUGCCUUAUUGGGAAUUCCUCUGUUUGGUUUUCUGUUGGCUGGUGUUGGAGAUCAACUAGGGACAAUCUUUGGAAAAGGAAUUGCCAAAGUAGAAGAUACCUUUGUUAAAUGGAAUGUGAGUCAGACAAAGAUUCGCAUCAUUUCAACAAUAAUAUUCAUACUGUUUGGCUGCGUGCUGUUUGUUGCUCUUCCUGCAGUUAUAUUCAAGCACAUAGAAGGCUGGAACACAUUAGAUGCAAUUUACUUUGUGGUUAUCACUUUAACUACCAUUGGAUUCGGUGAUUAUGUUGCAGGGGGAUCCGAUAUUGAAUACCUAGAUUUUUAUAAGCCAGUGGUGUGGUUCUGGAUCCUUGUUGGGCUUGCUUACUUUGCAGCUGUCCUCAGCAUGAUUGGAGACUGGCUAAGGGUCAUAUCAAAAAAGACAAAGGAAGAGGUCGGGGAGUUCAGAGCCCACGCUGCAGAGUGGACAGCCAACGUCACCGCCGAGUUCAAGGAGACUCGAAGGCGCCUGAGUGUGGAGAUCUACGACAAGUUCCAGCGGGCCACCUCCAUCAAAAGGAAGCUCUCUGCAGAGCUCUCUGUCAACCACAACCAAGACCUGACCCCCUGCAAGAGAACACUGUCAGUGAACCACCUGACGAGCGAGAAGGACCUCUUGCCAGCUCUGACAAAGACGGACAGCAUUUACAUGAAUGGUUUGACGCCGCACUGUGCAGCAGAAGAGAUAGCCGUGAUCGAGAACAUUAAGUAGCCAUGACUUUGGAUCCCAGCCCUUGGGAAGCUCUCGGCUUAGACUAGCCAUACACCAUUUUUUUCCACCCUGUUGAUGACCAGUGCUAGCAGCAUUUUAUAUGUGUGCAUGAGUUCCACAGAAAAACUACAGUCCCGAGUUACCAUCGCAUCUCUUCAGAGACACAAAGACGAAUGGCACUGCUGUUUCCGAAAGAUGCUGGAACAAACAAUGUUUUCUGCCUUUAUCUGCCCAGACUGUUUUUCACUUCUAAUGUGCCAUAUGGCCUCACGAAUGAAUCUCACUUGUUUAUGGUAACAAUGUAGCUUUGAGGGAUCAGUCCUUAAAAUUUCAGGGUCUACCUUACUGAGCCUAGGAAUGGACCAUUUCAGGACUACAACACAUUUGUAAAUGGCAAGAAAUUCUUAUGCAGCCUUUUACCUAAGAAAUUUUGGUCAGUGCCUUAUCUUUUGAAGAACCAGAACCUCUACAGUUCCUGUACAACUUUUGUUUGUUUGGGUUUUUUGCAUGAGAAGUGUAUUUCAUUUAAGCCUUUUGUUCUUCUUGAAAUGGUGGUGUUUCAAAGGUGUCUGUUGUGAAGAUACCAACCAGCAUGAAUGAAUGCCAAAACUCAACAAUCAUCAAUUGAUGUUCUUAGCUCCAAAUUUAAAGGCACUGCAGUUUCAAAAGUUGCAAACCUGUCCCCCAGAAGCAUUUUGUUUUACUCAGGUCCAGAUGAUACUUGUUCACGCUGACUUGUAGGAUUUGCAGGCCCUUUUCAGGUCUUAGUUUUCCAAGCAGUGUUCAGCAGCUGUUUUUCUCUGCAUCAGAUGUACCAAAAAAAUCUGCAGCUUAUCUAUCACUAAAUUAUUUGGUAGAUGACAAGAGCAAAUAAAAAUUACUGUUUUCAUGAGAGGCAGGGGGAGGCUUUAAAUUGCUGUGUUCUAAAUAAUCACAUCCAAAAAAACAAUGCAGAAGAAUGCAGCUAUUUUUAAUAAGCAUAAACCUUCUGCCAGAUAUUUGGUAUGAAAAGGAUUCUUAAUUUCCUUUCUAAGCCAAGUCACCCCAGAGGCUACAUGAUAUUUUACCCGGGAAUCCUGGUGGAGUGCUUUCCUGAAUGUCACGUGGGCUGCCUGUGCCAGAGCUGUGGCUAUGUGGGAAUGCAAUUGAAACUGGUAUCACUGUGACUUUCUACAUUUCAAAUAGAGAUGGCUCUGAGUAUCAAUGCAGGCAUGAAGAAGAGCUGAUAAAUAGCACAAUCUGAAUACCGAUGAUUGUUCAAACAGGAUAGGCUUACAAGAAGCAGAUCUAAACCAGACUGUGGGUUUUCUUUAUUGGUUUUAAGAAAACACAUUAAUUUUGUACCUUCUGUUUUGCUUAUAGGUGUACAUGAGAUUCAGAAGAAAUGCAGGAUGGAAUGGAUAAUUUUUCAUUUUUUUUCCUUAUGUUAGUCUAUUGUAAUCUGGCUGUACAUAAAAUUAAUGGAACAGGCCUUAAAGAAAAAUUUAGGCUCUGUAAAUUAAAAAUGAAUGGGACUUUGAUGAUUGGGCAUGAUUCAAGUGGCAAAUCUUACAGCAUCUCUGACCAUUAGAUAACAUGCAAUAUAUGAAUGUUCAUGUUUUUUGGAUGCUUAGCUUGUUUUCUAAUAAAUAUAAGUUAAUAUGUAAAUUCAGUGUAAAUAUCAGUCAAUUAACAUUUACAGAGAGUACGCUUUUAAAACUAAGAAAGUUCCAUGACACAGCACCGAGCAAUGCUCUUAUAACAAAGACCCUUGUCUCCCCAGCACAGUGUUCUGAAUGUCCACAUGGCAAGGGUACUUCUUGCCAUGUAUAAACUGUGAAUUGCAAUGAAAAAUAAAGUUUUUAAUUAA